CCUGCACCUGUGCCCCACCCGGAGGAGCCGGUGGCCCAGGACUUGUGGGGACAGGCACUGGGGUUGGACCGGGGGCUGGGGGAGCCGGGAAGCCCAGGUGGGCCAGCGAUCGGGGCCUGGGGGCCCAAGUGUCCAUGCAGGGGCAGGGCAGAGCAGAGUCCCAGACCAGUGCUGGACAGCCGUGGGGAGCCCCCAGAGCCCCGGAAAGGACACGGAGGAGGCACCACCGGGGACCUGUCCAGAGGACCCCAGGACAAGAGGGUUACUGAGAUGCCUUCUCUGAGGAGACCCUGGCAUUCCAUGGCAAAGGCGCUCAUCCUAGGAUGCCUCUUCACCGGCUUCCUUCUGCUAUUCUAUGCCUAUGUGACCCCCUUGCAAGUCAGCAUGACUGACCCCCCAGCCGAAACCUCCUGCUCCUCUCCGCCGACGCCCCCCGUCAACAGCAGCAGCGAGGGCUCCUGCCGGCCCAAGACGGACAUCGUGUUCAUGAAGACCCACAAGACGGCCAGCAGCACCCUGCUCAACAUCCUCUUCCGCUUCGGCCAGAAGCACAAGCUCAAGUUCGCCUUCCCCAGCGGCUACAACGACUUUAACUACCCGUCCUUCUUCAAGCGCAGCCUGGUGCACAACUACCGGCCGGGCGACUGCUUCAACAUCAUCUGCAACCACAUGCGCUUCCGCUACCCCGAGGUGCGCGGCCUGGUGGCGCCCAACGCCACGUUCAUCACGGUGCUGCGCGACCCGGCCCGGCUCUUCGAGUCGUCCUUCCACUACUUCGGCAUGGUGGUGCCCUUCACGUGGAAGCUCACGGGCCGCGACAAGCUGGCCAAGUUCCUGCAGGACCCCGGCCGCUACUACGACCCCAAGGGCUUCAACGCGCACUACCUGCGCAACCUGCUCUUCUUCGACCUGGGCUACGACAGCGGGCUGGACCCGCGCAGCCCGCAGGUGGCGGAGCACAUCCUGGAGGUGGAGCAGCGCUUCCACCUGGUCAUGCUGCAGGAGUACUUCGACGAGUCCCUGGUGCUGCUCAAGGAGCUCCUGUGCUGGGAGCUCGAGGACAUCCUGUACUUCAAGCUGAACGCGCGCCGGGCCUCGGCCGUGCCCCGGCUGAGCGGCGAGCUCUACCGGCGGGCCACGGCCUGGAACCAGCUGGACGCGCUCCUCUACCGCCACUUCAACGCCAGCUUCUGGCGCAAGGUGGAGGCCUUCGGGCGCGAGCGCAUGGCGCGGGAGGUGGCCUCGCUGCGGCGCGAGAACGAGCGCAUGCGCCGCAUCUGCAUCGACGGCGGCCGGGCCGUGGACGCCGAAGCCAUCCAGGAGGCGUCCAUGCAGCCCUGGCAGCCCCUGGGGACCAAGACCAUCCUGGGCUACAACCUGAAGAAACGGAUCAGCCAGCGGCACCAGCAGUUGUGCCGGAAGAUGCUGACCCCCGAGAUGCAGUACCUCAUUGACCUGGGGGUCAACCUGUGGGUCAUCAGGAUAUUGAAGUAUAUCAGGGAGUUUCUGCGGUGGUGAGCGGCCCGCCUCUUAGCCUCGGCCUGCCCUCUCUGUUGUUCCUCUCCCAGCCCCCUUUGGUGCAGUACCUGGGUCUUUCCUCUCAGGGACGGAGAUGGUAGGGUCCUCAGGGAGCCCACCUCGGCAAGACUGAGCAAGAUCUGACCUUUAACCUCUGAUCCUGCCGGCAUCUCUCCAUCACUCCCCUGGCCUAGGGUGAGACCUGCAACAGAGAGGGCAAGGCCAAGCCCUCAGACAACCAGGCCUCAGACUGGCCACCAAGACACCUUUAACCAGGAGUAGUAUUUGACUAAUUGCAACUUUUAUUUAAUAAGAUAAAAGAAAAAAAAAGGAAUGUUAUGUAUUUCCACCCCUACCCCCCUGCCACUCAUGUAGGGGCAGCCUUUGAAGCAAAGGAAUUUGUUGUUUAUGUUUCUGUUCACUGGUCUCACUAGUCACCGGCGGGGGCAGGGGCACAAUAGGAGAUGCUAAUGUGAGCCUCUGUAGAUGGUCAAGAGUGUGUGUCUUUCUUUUGGGGUCCUCCAAAAGCUACUCCAGGUUUAAAGCACACUUUGAGUCAACAUCCAUUCAAACCCAUAACUCAUGAGCCCCCAUCCAUAUUCUUCUUACCAGAUCAACCAGAGGACAUGGGAGGCCAAAACAAAAUAUAUUUAAUUCAGUGUCAUAACAAAAUAAAGGACAAGGAAAAUCGCCCCAUAGUUAGGGGUAUACUCCCUUAGACUUCCACAGCAACACUGAGGAGAGUGGGAGCAUAUAUGACCAGAGUAAUGCAUGUAGGAGAAGCCACAUAUGUGGCUGAGGAAUACAUGUACCCGAUAGAAUAAUAACAGUAAUAACAGUGAUAAUAAUAAUAGCUAGCGCUUAAAUGAUGAUUUAAUGAUUGAAAAGCACUUUACACAUAUGAUCUCAUUGGAUCCAUGCAACAAUACCCCAUUCUGUGACUGCUGCUGCUACUACCUUCCUUACAGAGUUUCGGAUGUCAUCUUCUUACCAGGGGCUCCUUUCUCCACUGCCACACACCACUGAGGGCUCUGCUGAUCUGUUCCCUCCACUAAGUUGCUGUCUGCUAGUGUUUCUGCUGGGUUGACAUCUAACCACAGCUGCUAUGGGGCCUUUUCUUCCUUGGAGAAGACGUGACUUAGCUGCUUCAGUUAGAAACACAGCUUUAACCAGUCGACCAGAGAAGCCACUGGUCCAAAAGCAUUUAUUAAGCACCAACUAUGUGCCAGGCACUGGGCUCAGUACUAAGGAUACAAAUAGAAACCCCCAAAGAGACGGUCCCUGCCCCUGAGAAGCUCACGUUCUAAUUCAAGAAAACACAUAAAAGGGAUAGGAAAAGUGGGGCGGGGGAGAGAGAAAGUAGCUCUCUGGGAUCUGGUGGGGAAGAUGGGUGAAGGAUGGCUUGCCUGAGUACUUUCUCAGAAGUUCUGGGAGGAACGCACCAGUGGGAGGAGGGGGCCUCAGGGAUGGAGGGGUCCUCCGGGGUGAAAGGGCUGGAAGAAGAGGGAGCCCCAGGCACAACAUAUCUUUGUAGCUGCUUGAUUCACACAUUUUUGGAGUUAGACUUGGAAAAAAAAAAAGUCCUUUCAAGUCCCAUUAUGCCCCUGGCCACGCCAUGCAAAUUAGCCUCCCAGAAUUCGAUAUUGCAAGACUGAGGGGGCAGGCUAAGAAAAGUCAGGCUCCCAAGCAGCUCACAUUCUAACGGGGGAGACAAUACAUACCGGUGAUUUAAGCAGCUAGUCAAAUGGAACAUGAUCCCCCGGAGUGCUGCAGGAAAACACUGAAGCACGUCUCCUUUAGUAAAACCACAUCCGGUUCUGAUGCUGAACCACAGGACAGGACCAGAGAUGUGAGCUGUGGGGAGUUUCUUUUCAGGGUCCUCAGUAGCUGUGGCUGUGGGGGAUAGAGUCCAAGUCAGGAGGGACUAUAGAAAUCAUCUAGUCAAACCCCAUCAUUUUUAUGGAUGUCACAGAGCUAAGAUUUGAACUCAGGUCUUUGGAUCUUUUCCAUUGUACCAUCCUGUCUGCCCUAAGAUUUGGGCAAGCUCUGUUUCUUGUUACUUGCAUGACCACAAGCAAAUCCCUUGCCCUCUCCCUUUCUGCCUCUGUAUAAAGAGGCGGGGGCACCAGAGGAGUUUUAAGGUCUCUUUCUGCCUUUGACAAGUCUGUCGGCUGUGGCUCAACGGUUCCCUCUAAUGUCCAAUCCUUGAAGCACAAGGAGAGCCAGGCACUGUCCACAAAGCUGGGGGUGGGGGUGGGGGGGGGUAACUUCCUGCUGUUUCUCCUCCAUGGACAGAUUAUUUAAAAAAAAAAAAUCUUGAGGUAUUGGUGGACUACAAGCUCAACAAUGAGCCACCAAGGCAUCCAAAAAGCCUAAUGGAGUCUUAAGUUGCACUAAGAGAGGCACAGUUUCCAGGAAUGAAGAGUUUGAGUGGGGAAUUAAGGUUGAUAUCAAGAAUUCUAGCCUGGGUAGGAGAGUGUGAAGUGAGCAGAACCAGGAGAACAUUGUACACAGCAACAGCAAUACUAUUCGAUGAUCAACUGUGAAUGACUUAACUAUUCUCAACAAUACAAAGAUCCAAGACAAUU